AUGCGGAAACCUCUUAUGCGGAUUCCAUAUACGGACAUACUAGCAUCUCCUACUAUCCUCCCAGCUUCUGCCACAACCAUUCAGGGUGGCCUAGCUGCCCUGGUCAACUUUUUCCAGGCGCCGCCUCCCAACAACCUCCCAGACUCAACCGUUGUUCUCACAGGCGCGGGGUUGUCGGUUGCCUCUGGCCUUGCAGACUACCGCGGCGUCAAAGGUACCUACCGAGUAAACAAGUCUUAUCGUCCUAUAUAUCACUACGAGUUUGUUAGCAACCAUGAAGCACGCAAGAGAUACUGGGCCCGGAGCUUCCUGGGUUGGUCAACGCUUCACAAGGCAGCACCCAAUGCGGGUCAUUAUGCAAUUAGAGACUUAGGGAAUUUUGGUUUGAUUCGGAGUGUUAUUACACAGAAUGUUGAUUCAUUCCAUCCCAAAGCCCAUCCACAAAUACCCUCUCUCGAGCUUCAUGGCUACCUGAGGUCCACCGUCUGCACCAGCUGCAAGACCGAAUAUUCACGAGAUGAAUUUCAAAACCAACUGGCCCGUCUCAAUCCGCGGUGGGACGCUCUCCUGCAAGAAGCUAUUGCCUCUGGUGCUUUGGAUACGGAGAGUACCGAAGAGCGGAGAUUCAAGGGCCUGAAGGCAAACCCCGAUGGCGAUGUCGACCUCCCAGAAGCGCCUUACACAACCUUUAGAUAUCCGCCUUGCCCCAAAUGCUUAGCUGACCCACCAGAAAGUGUCGGCGGUCAGAGACAUGUUGUCGAGGUCGAUUCUGAUGGAGCGUGGGCAGCACCAAGCACAGCUGGUAUUCUCAAGCCAGCCGUCGUCAUGUUUGGAGAGAGUAUCGCAAGUCAUGUCAAGACUGCUGCCGAAGAAGCCAUUGACGGAGCUGGGAGGCUGCUUGUUUUAGGAACGUCUCUCGCAACCUACUCGGCCUGGCGGUUGGCCAAACGGGCCAAAGAUCGAGGAAUGCCCAUCGCCAUUGUCAAUAUGGGCGGUGUGAGAGGAGAGGAUCACUUCUUCGCGGAUCUAGAUCCGCUGCAAACGGGCGAACAAGGAGUAAGAGUCGAAUUGUUGACAGACCAACUCCUCCCGGGCCUUGUUACUCGACUGAGACAAACUGGAGUUGCGUCCUUACACCACCCACCCGGGAAUGUCCGCUUGGAGAACUCGACCGUCUUUAAGGACAUGCUGUCUUGA